AUGUUGACGGCAGAUGUUCCAGAAUUUGAACCCAAUUUCAAGGGAAAAGCAAUUGCCAAAAAGCAGCAGUACAUCCACCACCUCGAGCAUGUUGUGUGCCCUGAUGUAUUCACCCGCCGUUUCUUGUAUGACGGGAGCAAAAUUGGGUACGCCCACCCGGACGUUGCUCAGAGGCUUGGUCCCAACAAGACGUUUUUUGUUGCCCUUCGGUCAAACACGCAGUUCGACCCCAGUGCCUGGAAAAGUGAAGGCAAGACGUCGUGUAUCAAGAUCACGUUCUCUGCGACUUCCGGUGUAGAAAUUCUCCCAACCCAUGCUGCCGCCAUUCGGGGACCAGACAGGGAGCUUCAUACUAAUCUUUUGCAGCUUCUUGUUCGUCAAGGAUCGAACAACAUCCAUCCCAACAAUGGAAAGGCAUACUUCCCGCCGUUUUCGAGAGGAGAAGAUUUGAAAAUACUUCCGAAUGGAAUCGAAAUCCGACGUGGUAUCUUCCAUUCUGUCCGGCCCACAAUGGAAAAAAUGAUCGUCACGAUAGACACUGUUGCAUCCCUGUUGUACGUGAAUCCAUCGUUUAAUUAG